AUGUCGCGUUUCGGUAUGUUCGCCUCCGGAGGACACUUCUCCAGCCUCCUCAGUCGCUUUGCAGUCUUCCCUCUGCAAACCCCUCCUGCAGCUGCUGUACCCGCAAACGUUUCCCCGCCCUCGUUCGCACACUCACCAACGUUGGCAACAGCACGGCUGAGUGACUCUCCAUUCUGGUCGUCUAACUGGUCCACUUGGCUCUUGAAGCCAUUCGACCCCGACAGUCGGGCUCUCGACUCGUCACUUUGUUCCACGACUCUCUUCACGUGCUCUCGAUGGUGCUUGAAUUGCUUUGCUGUUGUUGGUGCCGUUGCUUGUACAGGAGUCGUCGUGGCGUUUGUCGAGGUUUUGGCGACUGUUGAUAUUGUUGAUGGCAACCCGGUCGGCCAUGCGAGCCAGUCUGCCAGUCCGGACGAAACGGAGGAGGCUGAGGCAGUUUGGGAAGUUGGCGUUGCCACGACGUCUGGCGCGUCUGACGACAAGACCUCGUCCUCACGAAGCGGAGGAUGGGAGGCAGCAAAGCACGAGGAAGAGGAGGAAGAGGAGGAAGAGGAGGAAGAGGAAGAUGAAGACGUGGAGGAGGACGAGCAAGAAGGUGAAGAGGAAGAUGAUGAGCAAGAGGGUGAGGAUGAGGACGCCGAGGAGGAGGAGGACCUGCAGGCAACAAGUGAAAGUAAAUCACCGGUCAUCUCGACACCGGCCAUCUCCUAG